AUGUCCAUCUCUGCAGGCAAAGGUGCUCAUAUCUUGGUCUUCCCCUACCCAGCCCAAGGUCACAUCCUACCAAUUCUUGACCUAACCCACCAACUUGUCCUCCAUGGUCUAACCAUAACCAUCUUGGUCACACCCAAGAACCUCCCAAUCCUGAACCCACUUAUCUCCACCCACCCAUCAAUCCAAACCCUUGUUUUUUCCUUCCCACACCACCCUCGAAUCCCUGAUGGAGUGGAAAACGUCAAGGACAUGGGCAAUUUCGGAAAUGUCUUCAUCAUCAAUGCACUGAGUAAGCUACGUGACCCAAUAAUCCAGUGGUUUAAGUCUCACCCUACACCCCCUGUUGCUCUGAUCUCUGAUUUCUUCCUUGGGUGGACGCAGAACCUGGCCCACGAAAUUGGUAUCCCCAGGAUUGUUUUUUACAGUUCUGGACCCUUUUUUACCUCUGUUUUGAUCCAUUGUGUUUUCAAUAUAAAGACUCUUCGUUCUCUGAGGGUGGUAGAAUUUUCUGAUUUACCUCGAUCGCCGAGUUUUAUUGAAGAACAUCUGCCUUCCAUAGUCCGGCGAUACAGGGAAUCGGAUCCUGAAUGGGAAUUUGUUAAGGAUGGCAUGAUUGCAAAUAUCUCGAGUUGGGGGUCCGUUUUUAAUUCCUUUGAUGGGUUGGAAGGUGAGUAUAUGGCGUACUUGAGGAAGAAAAUGGGUCAUGGGCGUGUUUACGGGGUCGGGCCAGUUAGUUUGGUGGCUGAUUCUUCGGUUCGGGACGACCCAAUUUCGGAUCAUAGUGGUGUAAUGGAGUGGUUUGAUGGAUGCCCUGAUGGGUCAGUUUUAUAUGUGUGCUUUGGGAGCCAGAGGUUCCUCAAGAGGGACCAAAUGGAGGCCUUGGCUUAUGGACUUGAACAGAGCGGAGUCCGGUUCGCUUGGGUGGCCAAGAACAUAACGGCCCAACAAGAGACAGACGGGUAUGGGUCUAUCCCAGACGGGUUUGAGGAGCGGGUUACUGGGAGGGCUAUAGUGAUGAAAGGGUGGGCCCCGCAGGUUUCGAUACUGAGUCACCGAGCCGUAGGUGGGUUUCUGAGUCAUUGCGGGUGGAACUCGGUGUUGGAGGCAUUAGUGCGUGGGGUGAUGAUACUGGCCUGGCCCAUGGAGGCUGACCAAUUUGUGAAUGCUAAGCUUCUGGUGGAGUACAUGGGGGCUGCUGUCCUGAUGUGUGAGGGUGAAUUUGCAGUACCCGACUCAGAUGAGUUGGCUCGGAGAAUUGCUAAGUCAAUGAGUGGAAACUCGAGUGAAAAGGUGAGAGCAAAGGAGCUGAGAGACAAAGCAUUGGAAGCAGUUAAGGUUGGUGGGAGUUCCUCAAGGGAUAUGGAAGUGCUUGUCAGAGAUUUUGCCCAACUUCUGGUGACAAAAGGUGGAUGA